GCCUCCCACACAUAUAUUCGACUUUGGGUCGUCCCUCCUGCACAGAAGCUUCCCGAGUUGUCCAGCGCAAUGCACGAAGGCCUUUCAAGGAGGACUAUUUUGAAAGCAGGUUGAUCCCUUUGGAAGUCGUGGACAUUGAAUCCUUGUUUUAUUGUGCUGCGAGGAUGAACCUUCCCUGACCAUCUUGUGUUUCGAUAAAUGAUGUGCACGGUGCAGUGUGGUGCAGAGCUAGACUGCUUGAAAGAUGCAAGCGACGGCCCGGUCUGCACGUCAUGAAGGACAAUUGCACCUGAGCCAGAACCAAACGCCCGGGAUGCUUACCGAGCGGUGGUUGAGGUCUUUGCUACUGAUGCUAAUCGAUGCACUUGUGUUUCCCACCCUGUUGGGAGCUGGAAUGGUAAUAACUAGGUGGAAAAAGGAGUUGUUGUCUGAGGAUUGACACCAUUGACUCGGAACUGCAGCAAUUGGACCCUCUUGCUAUGCACCACAAGAACAUGAAGAAAGUACACUGGGUCACAU